CGUACAAAGCCUGUUUCAUUUUCUUUGAGGCCAGCUAAGCCCAGUCCGUUCUCUAUAUCGCAGUGGGGACGCCGUGUUUCCCGCUAUUUUAUAGCCACAGAUUAUUAAAUCUAUUGCACAUUAUAUUCCCGCGAAAAAGCUAACUAAGGAUGCGCCUAACAUUACUAGGCGUUCUGGCGCUCGCCACUCUGGCCUGUUGUCAAGAAACUUGCCACUCAUCUGACGAGGAUCCCUACGUGCUCUUCGGGACUAAAACUGCGUACACAUUCGCGAACCAGGGCAUCCCAUUCAACAGAGCACACGAUGUACCAGGUUGUCAGCCCAUCGCGAUUUGGUUGCUGAACCGGCACGGCUCCCACAACCCGGAGGCGGAUGAAAUCGCCGACCUUCAGAAACUUAGCGAUUUAAAAAACAACAUCAUCGCUAAUUAUAGAAAAGGAAACUUUAGAGAUACAAAUAUUCGCAUGUGCCCGUCAGACGUUAACCUGCUCGAGAGGUGGGAAUGGAAUCCUCGUCAGAACAUCACUUUCGCCGGGGACCUCACCAGCGACGGCUACAUUUCGACACAACAACUGGCCCAGGCUUGGAAACAAAAGUUCCCGGGACUGUUAACCGAUAACCUCCAUGAUUACGUAUUCAAAUACGUAAACGAUCAACGGUCGAGCACAACGUUCCGUGCUUUCACUGAAGGAUUAUUCAGAGCCCGAGAAGACACGUAUGACAUUACAAAGGAAAAUGACGAGAAACUGCUUCGCCCGGAAAAAUUUUGCUCUUCAUGGAUUAAUAACGUUGAAGAAAAUAACGAUACUUUGACACAAUUACGAACUUUUGAGUCCAAACAAGAAUACAAAGAGAUGAUAAGCAACAUCUCGUUACGUUUGGGCUUCAAUUACGAUAUCCAGAAAGAAAUAAUGAAGCAAAUGUAUCAAAUGUGUAGAUACAAUAAGGCGUGGGAUGUAUCGCAGAUCUCACCUUGGUGUGCCGCAUUCUCCAAAGAUGACCUCAAGCGGCUAGAGUACGCAGAAGACUUGGAAACCUACUACAAAUACGGCUACGGAACUCCGAUGAAUCAGCAACUCGGAUGCACCGGCAUCAAGGACAUGAUGGACUUCUUCAAAACACACGUGGAGCGAGCCGCGCCGCAGCAGCCGCGCGCGCGCGUGCAGCUGGCGGACGCGGCGCAGCUGCUGCUCGCGCUGGCGGCCGCGGGCGCGCGCCGCGACGCCGCGCCGCUCACGGGCGACAACUACCACUCGGCCGUGGCGCAGGCGCGCAAGUGGUCCGCCUCCGCCAUGGCGCCCUUCAGCGGCAACUUCGCCGCCGUCCUGUACAAAUGCACACCGAACAGUAAUUUACAAAUCAACGACCAGUAUCAGGUGCUGUUCAUGGAAAACGAGAGACCGUUAAAUUUGGAGGACUGCAGAGUCGGUCUCUGCAAUUACACCUUCGUCAAAAACCGUUUCGGUCUCAUCGCUGAUAACUGUAAUCUGGACUUCUGCAACUCGGCAACUAAAGCGAGCAGUAUUAUUGGAUUAAGUUUAAUCUUGGUAUUCAUUACUAAAUUACUUUAAAAAAUAGUAAUAUUUAGCUAUGACGUUAAUUUCGAGUACCUUAUUUAUCACCAAUUUCCAUGUAAAAUAAAAAUAGUUUCAAAGAUAAAAAGAUGAAUAUAUUUAUAACACCGAAAGUGGAAUUUUAAAUAAAAAUAUAUAAAAG